AUGGAUAAGAAAAAAGAAUCUUCCUUAACUAUAAAGUUUAAGGAUUUUUUUUAGGAUGUCAAUGGAGUUACCUUUUUUAAGAUUUUAGUUUAUGACUAAAAAACAGAAGAAACUUGGGAAUUUGAAGAACGUUAUAGUGCAAUGAGAGAUAUCCAUAAAGCACUUCGUGAGUAGUGUAAAGUUGAUUUACCAGAUUUUCCUACUAAAAAGUGGUUUGGAAAUACUGAUAAAAACUUUUUAUCUUAAAGAAAAGCAACAUUAUAAACUUAUUUUACUACUAUUUUGAGCAUUUUAGACAUUUAGAAAUAUCCCAUUUUAAAGAAUUUCUUUUACAGGAAACCAACAAAAGCUGAUUAAAAACAAAAAUUACCUUAAUCUGAAAUAAAAUAGGAUAGCAACAAGUAAUAAGUUGGUGAAGAUAAUAAAUCUGCUAUUAAACCAAAGGUUGAUGAAAACAAACUAUAAUAAUCAAAUAACUAGAAUGGAGUAGUAAGCGAAAAGUAAAAAUAAGAGAUGAGAGCUAAGGAAUUUGCAGAUAAAAUGAAUAAAAUAAGUGAGAAAGUUUAGAAUAAAUUUAUCAUAAAUUUAUCUGAUUAGUUUACUAAUUAAGAUGAAGGUAUGUAUGAGUAAAAGAGAGCAUAAAUUAAUAAGAUUAAGUUAAAUUUAAAUAGUAACUUGCUAUCUACAUUAUCUCUGCCAACUAAAUUCGUAGAAAAACCUGAUUUAAAUUUGAAAGAUAAUAUUAACCAUAGCAAAAUAGUUAAUAGCAUGAACAAUUUGAACAGUAAACUCUUGCAAGCUUAUGAAUAAAACAUUAAAUCUUAUUCUAAAUUCUCCUCUCAGUUAAUUUCUGGAAAAACAUACAAUAUGAAUAAUUAAGACUGA